AGGAGCCUGUACAACACAAUCAUCAUUGUGCGCAUCCUGCUCACCUGGUUCCCCAACCCGCCACAGGUCAUUGCGGGGCCUCUAAGCACGCUGUGCGAUCCGUACCUAAAUCUGUUCCGUGGGCUGAUUCCCACGAUUGGGGGAACCCUGGACCUCUCGCCUAUCCUGGCCUUCAUCGUGCUCGACCUUUUCUCCAACACGGCGGCUGCGCUGCCGGCAGAGCUGGGCCCGGACGGCAAAGCCGUAGAACGGCGAUCGGCCGCG